GGUGCCGUUCUUGCCGGUAGCAACCUAACGUUGACUUAGCUCAAACUUAAGUCCAUCUGAAGUGGGCACUUUUCUCAACCUCAUUUAAAUUUUUGUUUUUCGUGCGGUACUGGUGCGCCGAUUUUGUUUCUGACAGAUGAGACCCUGGAUUUGAUGCUUGAUUUGCUUUUUUAAUAAGAUCAGACUUACACACACAAAAAAAACUUCGGGAUCUUGUCAGUCCAUGCACUGGUUAUUUUUUAAACUCGUACAGUGUUGCUCUGUCGUGUCUGCUAUUCAGAGCAGAGGAACUUCUCUGUUGUCGCUGAUCCUGAAGUAAGAUCACGGUGGGCCCGCAGGUUUAAAUUUCAGAAAUUAUGGACAUGGAGGUCGUAAAGAUCAGUGAUGAUAGCAGAAACGUAGAAGGAAGAUUCAUAAGUGCCAGUUUUGACGACAGUGAAUUAAUAAUUGAAGUUUGCUCGGAAAUCAUUGAUGGAGAUGAGGAGGCCGAAGUGGUCGACGAACACGAUGAAAUUUCCACUCAAAGUGAGGAUGAUCAUGCUGAUGAGCGCAGUCCUGUCGGAGAGAUCGAUGAGAUUGUAGGAGAAAACGUGGAAGAGCAGAAAAAUUCUAGGCCUGCAGUGGGUUCCACAUCGAAUGAGGAAUAUGAUGAACUGUGUGAUGCAGUGGAGAAGAGAGCAACAAAACUUGCUGAUAGUCCCGAAUGUGCUCGAGAUGAAGACCUGGAAAGUCUACCCAGCCAUGAGGAAGAGCUCCAAGAUGUUGGGCAGCAACAGCAGCAAAUGGAUAACACACACAUUGACCUUGUCACCCCAGAGCUGAGUGCCGAGGAAAAGGAAUCCAUGCCCAUGCCUCCGAGACUGUCUCACAAGAAGUCCCUCAAGAAGAAAAGUCCAUCGGCUGAGCACAGCAGAAAAAGUGGCAGGAAGCUGGAUUACCAGAGCUCUAACCAAGUGCCCGAGUACAGAGCUAUACGGAAGAAACUCCUUCCAAAAUCUAACCUCAAACCAUCCAAGAAAAAAACAAAGCAAAGCAGUAAGAAGAGGAAGCUACAAGAACGUACUGUCCACCAGGAGGGUACCUGGGUACAGUGUAUGCGCAGUGAGUGCUUGAAAUGGCGCUACCUGAGUGAAGUCACCGAUCCUUCUCUGCUACCCGAGUACUGGGUUUGUGAGAUGAACACAGAUCCCCAUCACAAUUCUUGCGAACAUCCUGAGGAAGAUUACCACUCAUUAAAGUUUGUCUUCACCAAGUUUGCCGAGGGAUCCAUUGUAUGGGCCAAGAUGCAGGGCUUCCCAUGGUGGCCAGCAAUGAUAGAGGAGGAUCCAGACACCGGAACUUACAUGGAACAAGAGGAUGAGAAUGCUUACCCUACCCACUACCACGUUGUGUUCUUGGACAGGAAUGUCUCCAGGACCUGGUUGAAAAGCACUUUUAUCAAGAAGUAUAACAUUGGAGAGGAUGAACAAACAUAUGCAAAGGGAAGAGACUACAAGCAUCAGGUUAGCCAAGCUGUUGCCAGAGCAAACAUGGCUCUUUCCAUGAAUAUACAGGAGCGAAUAUGCACAUUUGGUUUCAGUCACAACUUUAAAGGCAAAAUUGUGGAUAACUCACAAGAGUUUGCACAAGAGGAAACUAUAGAUUGUGACGCUGACCAAAUCGAGUCAGACGAGGAUGGUGAUGCCGAGUUGAGUCUUGAGAUGCUAGGCCUGGAUGUAGAUGACAUACUGGAGGAGGCAGAGGCUUUACUGAGUGAGGCAGGAGAAACAAUACAGUCUCUACAGGAGACUUCUCUCAAUGAAGAGGCUAAAAAGGAAACUAAAAAGAGAAGGAAAUCAAAGAAGGCUGUAGACGUAGAGGAAUGUACAGGCCAAAUAGAAAUGGAAGAAAAGACUAAAAGGCAACGUAAAGAUGUAUCUCCAAAAGAUGCUGAUGGCAACAAAAAGGAGAGAGAGAAAAAGAAAAGGAAAUCACGUCACCAUCACUCAAGGAAAGAAGCCACAGUUGUUGAUGACAGCACAACUUACGAACCUCAGGAACUGACACAACCCAAGAUCAACAGCAACAAGAUGAAAAGAGAAGAUGGUUCAACAAAGAGGGCUGAGAGGCCUCGGUCCAAGAAAAGCUGUUUUCUCAAAGACACAGCAAAAGAUAGUCAAGGGGAAGACAAAUUUAAAGUAAAUCAGUCUCACAUAAUUGAUACAGAUGCCAAUCCAAACGAAAAGAAAGGCCAAAAACCAAGGGUAAAGAAAUCAGCUGUUGAAGUAAUAUCCAAAACUCAAAGACUGAUGGCUCCAGCUGUGAUCUUGCCAAAGGCAGGAGAGUUGACUGAGAGAAGCUCCCCAGAAGACCCAUCUGAAGAACUACAAGAAUUUGGUAAAAGUGAUCCAAAUGCCGAACCAAAAGAAAAGAAAGUCAAAAGACCAAGGAUGAAGAAGCCUGCUAACAAUCUUGACCCCAAAGCUAAGAAAGUAAGAGCAAAAAAGCAAGGUGCCACACAGCUGAACUCAGAAAACUUCGACGAGACUGAUAACCCAAAAGAAGGAUCAAAGACAGUUCAAGAAGAUGGGAAAAGUGAUAACAGCUCCAAACCAAAAAUCAAGAAAUCAAGAGCCAAAAAGCCAUCUGCCGACAAGCCCAGGACAGAAGAUCUUCAGAUGGUUACUCCAGCAAAGAACACAGCAAAGUUUGCCAACAAGACUAAAUCUCAAAAAAAUCAAGAAGCAAAGGCCAAAAUAAAUUCACAUGAGGGUUGCCCAGAGAUGAAGUUGGCAUUCGAACCACCAUCCAGAAAUACAAGAGAAAAGAAACCAAAGAGGGCAUCAUUUGCAGUUCCCCUUAUAAAGAAAGAUAAUAUGCCAUCUGAUAAGAUUCAACGGGAAGCAACUACUGAAGAUGAACAGACUGAUAUCCUCAAAAUCCAAACCAAUGAUUCUGUGAUCACCAUGGAAGUUGAUGAGGAUAUUGAGAGAGGUCUUCAUUCUCAUCCAAAGCAGCAUGAGCUUGUUACAUCUCAGCUCACCAGUAACAGGAGUGGCACUGGAGGUGAUGAUAUGACCAGACAAAAGGUGAAGAAAUUUAGCAUCAAGACCAAAAGCGAUCUAUCCUCUCCCAAUUCAUCUACCCCCUCAUCGGGAAAGCCUGCGACGGAUGCAAACCGAGGAUCUAAGCCCAGUCCAAGUCUAAAUUGGGAUGCCGUCCACGUUUCUUCAAGUCAAAAGACAAGAAACAAGAAGCCUUGCAAGAGUCCAUCCAGGAAUGGUGCCUCCCAAAAAUUCAGCAUCAAACAUAAGACCCCAAUCUUGAAGGAUCCUUCAGCUGGGCCCUCUCAUUCGACAUCGGGGCAACUAAGGAGCAAGACAAGUCCAGAAAUCAAUGACAAUUCGGCUGCUGGAAUUGAAGCACCAAGUGUAAAUGUGCCCAUGGGAAAAAUGAAAAAAUGUGCUCCCAAGAAGUUCAGCGUCAAGCGCAAACCACAACCAGCAGCUCAAGAGGCAACCCGCUUAGAGCUGGGGAUUGAUGACAAGGACAGCAUUUUUCUUUCUCCUCCAAAGAAGAUGAAAGCUGAGCGAUAUAAGAUACCGGUUGAGGACAAAGAAGAGUUCCACCUUGGUCUGAAUGAGGAUCUCAUUGUAGACGAUGCUGCUUUGGUGAAGGAGAAGCAAGGAGAUGGGAAGGAUGAUGGGGAGGAUAGUGAUGACUUCAGCAUGGAAGAUCUAGAGGACUGGCCUGAGAAUUCUGAGAUGGUUGAUGAAGGAAAGCAAGGAGAUCCUAACAAACUCAAUGGUCUGACUACAAUUGCAGAUGCUAACUCACAGCCUGUUGAAGUAGUUGAGGAAUAGACACAUAUAUCCUCCUAUGGGCAUCAUAGCCUUUUUAUUAUUUGAGUACCUUCUUGUUACCAAAGGUUGAUUUGUUCAUUUAUUAUGUUCUGGUUUUCCUUCAGUUGUCGUGCAGAUGUUAACUUUAAUGAGAUGGAUCACCAACUAAGUCCUUUUGCAGUGAGAAAGCAGUUAAUUCACAAUGGCUGAUUCUUUCUUAUCAAGUAGAUUUGUGAGGGACUGGCCGGGGCCCUUAAAUAAGAUAAUCGAGUGUAAGAGGCAAAAGAACGAAGUACUAAAUAUGAAUAAUCAGUUGCCCAUGUAAAGAUGUUUCUCUUUGAAGGACACUGCUACCACUUAAGUAAUAUGCCAGAUGACCUGCCUUUGGUCAGUCUGUGAGUGAUGUUCUGAGCUAUCGACUCCAGAUACAGCAUCAAAUUUACCGAUAAAUGUAGAACUGUGUGUAAAAAAUCAUUCACAAGAAUUUGGAAGAUGAUGUUAAAACCAAAUGAAACAUCCCAAGUUUAUUUUACACAAAAUGAGUGUUGUUCAAGAGUUACCUUGUUGCUGUUAGCUGUUCCAUUUGGAAUUGUAUGAGCUUUUGGAAGUUGGUUGGUGCGAUCAUUGUCUGUCUUAAGUAUAUAGCACUCGAUACUGAGCGCUUAAUUUAUUGAGUUGCAGUGGAAAGAGAUACACCACUAGGUAGAAGGAAUUACAGAAUUUUAUUUGACGGUGCUGCUGGAAAGUGCAGAUUUUAACUGUACAUUGAAACUCACCUGCUGUAUGACAAUAUUUUAUUGUUGAAAUAAAAUCGUUUGAGGAAACAAAACGCGUCAUAUUGUUUGUAAUCUGCAUAUUAAAUACUUUAAACAAUUCGCACUCUUCAGUAAAUCAUUCGUAAAUCAGAAAUUUGCAUGUUAAUAGCUCUGGUUGUGCCUGAAAGGUCGCAAAACCACUCUGCACGAAACAUGUAUGCAAGCUGCCGAGAUAGUAAUAUAGCGCCCUCUAUCAAGAAUUUGUCGUGCGGG